AUGGAUCAAAAUAAUGUUUCAGUGUCAUGCUCCGUCAUAAUCGAAUGGAUUAACUCUCAAGGUUCGAUACUGAAGAAAGUAAACCAUCGAUCAGCAACAUUAUAUUUAAUUCGAAAUGAUCAUCGUGAAAUGUUCAUCGAAGUACAUGCAGAAAAAGCAAAAACAAAGACGAAGCUAUUGGUGAAAUCUAUGUCCGUUUUUAAUAAAUUUAUGACUGAAGGAAAGGCUUCUAUUAAGUUUAAAGACGAAAAUUGUACAUUAUUCUUAUCAAAUGCACCGACAGCCCAAUUAAUCAAUUUUCUGAAAACUGUCUAUAUCAAAAUUUCAAGUCAAUCAGAUGAAGAGAUGAAAAAUCCAUUAAAGAAGAAAUUUCUCAAUACAACGCUCGAUGCUCAUCAUCAGGAAAUCAGUCCCGUGACAAGUAUUGAAAUAAAUAAAGCCAAACAAAACGCUAUCAGCGUAUCACGUGCAACGAUUACAACACCAUCGCCUAGCGCCGUUAAAAAGAGGAAGCAGUCAGAUCAGAGUACAUCGAAAUCAUGUAUCGUGAAGAAAUUGUACGAAACCCCAAAGAAAGAACAGAUUACGGACGAACAAAAUAAAAUUUUGAAUGCAGUACUUAGUGGUAAAAAUGUCUUUUUUACUGGCAGCGCGGGUACUGGAAAAUCGUUCUUAUUGAGGACGAUAAUAGCGGCCCUGCCUCCCGAUGUCACGGUGGCUACAGCAAGCACAGGAGUAGCAGCUUGUCAUAUAGGGGGACAAACUUUACAUCAGUUCUCAGGAAUUGGGUUAGGAACCGCAAAUUUAGAGAGAUGCGUGCAAAUGGCAUCCCGCAAUUCUUCUGCUGCCUCGUGGAGAAAAACGAAACAUUUAAUUAUAGAUGAAAUUUCUAUGGUAGACGGUGAUUAUUUCGAUAAGAUCGAAGCUGUUGCAAGACACAUUCGUAAAAGUGAAAGACCAUUUGGGGGAAUACAAUUGAUAUUGUGCGGAGACUUUUUCCAACUUCCACCAGUUUCUACAAAAGACAAGAACACGAAGUUUUGUUUUCAGAGUGAAGCAUGGGAAAAGUGUGUACACUUUAAUUUCGAAUUACAAACUGUUCAUAGACAAAAAGAUCCUGAGUUUGUCAAAAUUUUAAAUAGUAUCAGAAUAGGCAGAGUAACUGACGACAUUGCAGAAAGACUUAAAGCAACCGCUAAACAAAAAAUAGAAAAUAAUGGUAUUUUAGCAACAAGACUUUGUUCUCAUGUAAACGAAGCUGAAGAAAUUAAUGAACAUCAGCUAAAUAGUUUAGAAGGUGAAUCUAAAAUUUACAUAGCCCAAGAUUCUGAUGUUUCAAUGACUAACACUUUGAAUCAACAAUUGACCGUUCCUGACAAACUAAUAUUAAAAGUAGGUGCUCAAGUAAUGCUGUUAAAGAAUGUUAAUAUUUCUGAUGGUCUAGUAAAUGGAGCCAGGGGUGUAGUUACAAAGUUUGUGGAUAAUGUACCAAUAGUUCAAUUUAGAUCAGGAUUACAAUAUCGCGCGAAGCUAGAAAAGUGGAAUUUAAAAACAAAUUUAGGAACUGUUGUUCAUAGAAAACAGAUUCCAUUAAAAUUAGCAUGGGCUUUUUCUAUUCAUAAAAGUCAGGGAUUAACUCUAGACUGCAUUGAAAUGAGUCUUGCAAGAGUCUUUAACGCUGGUCAGGCAUAUGUAGCCCUAUCCAGGGCACAAAGUUUGCAAUCCUUGAGAGUUUUGGACUUUCAUAGUCAACAAGUGUGGGCUCAUACAGAUGUGCUUAUGUUUUAUAAGAAAUUUAGAAGGAACUUGCAAGAAAUGGAAAUGAUUCCUUUAGGAAAGAAGCAAAGAAUAUAA